UGAUAGAUCCGAAUGUCUUUGAUGUUAUACAGGCUGGUGAGAGGUGUAACACUGAAGUAGAUGGUUGUGCAUCUACCACUCGAACUGGUCAGAAGGGUAUAAGAGUACAGAAAGAAAGAAAAUAAUAACUUUGAAGUAAGAUGACUACCGAUGGCGAUGACUUCGACGCCUUACUCUCAAUCCUCGGAUACGGACGAUGGCAAGUACCCGGCGUGGUUGUCACAUUACUAGUGGCGUCGCAGAUCCCCGCUCAGUUAGUAGGGUCUCCCCUUCUUUGUGGUCCAGUGCCGUUUCGAUGUUCUCGUGAAACUCCUGAGGUAGUCACGAGGCUUAAUAGCUCAACAUACUUCAGCAACGAGUGCUUUUCUCCGACCAGCCUCCCGUCCGACGCCAUAACGCAGCCGUCCAAUAGCACUGACCUUUUUCUUUCUAAUGGGACUCGGCCCCAGAGAACGGGCAUGGAGUCGUGUCCAGUGAUAGAAUAUGACACGUCUAUAUUUACGUCAACUAUCAUUUCCGAGUUUCACCUGGUGUGCGAGCGAGAGAGCCUGCAGCCGCUCUUCCAGAUGAUGUAUACAGUCGGGAUCAUAUUCGGCAGUCUCUUUGGAGGAUAUAUUGGCGAUAAAUGGGGUCGUCGCCGGGCCGUGCAGGGCGGGGUGGUCGUCUAUGUGGCGGUCGUUCUCGCGAUGGCCUUCGUGCCGUCGUUCGUCUUCGUGUUGGUCAUGCGCGUGAUGGUUGGCGUCACGCACCAGUGCAUGCUGAUUCCUGUCUGGAGCCUUGCCCUCGAAUCGACCCCCACGCGCCACCGCAGCCUCGUCGGGAUGCUCCUCGGCCUCCCAUACUCGCUCUUCGUGAUAGUGCUGGCGGGCGUCGGGUACUUCGUCCGGACGUGGAAGUACCUCAUGCUGGUGUGUUGCGCCCCGGCCCUCGCUCUGCUGCCGCUCUCCUUCAUAAUGGACGAGUCAGCGCGAUGGCUAAUUCAGCAAAAACGACGAGAAGAGGCCAGGAAGGUGCUGAGGAAAGCAGUGAGGCAGAACAAGGCUAAACUUCCCGUACCUCUAGAAACGAUCAUUGGGAAUUUGGACCAGGUAUACGACAGCGAAUAUUUGCAGCGUGAAUGCGUUGCCGAAGACAACCAGUCUGCCGCGAGGAAGGCUCUCAAAGAGGCGUGGGAGUACCUGCGAUCCCCCGCCAUGAGGACCAUCAUUCUCGUUACGCCCAUUCUUUGGUUUCUCCAGAGCUGCCUCUAUCUCGCAGUCGCCAUCAACGCCAACAACUUUAAUAGCUCUAACCCUUUCCUGUACGUGUGUCUGAGCGGAGCGAUGGAUGCCUCAGCCAUUCUCCUGGUCACGCCCCUGACGACUCGCCUCGGCAGACGCGUCAUCGUGGGCGCCGGACUCUUCGUGGGCGGAAUAUUCUUUCUUCUCGAUCUGCUCGUCCCGAUCGGCUACUUUUGGGCCAAAUGGAUCCUGGUCAUGGCCGGCUUCCUCCUCGUGGCGGGUUCAUUUCAGAUGAACUAUGUGUAUGGCCCAGAGCUGUUUCCAACGGAGGCGAGAACUCGUGGCUUUGCUUUCAUCAGCCUCAUCGGUGGAAUGGGGUCUAUGAUAGCGCCAAUCAUCACCUACAAGCUGGCCCUGCUAACCUGGUGGGCGGCGCCUGUUACCUUCGGCUGUGCAGGGUUACUUGGGAGCCUCACAUUGCCUUUGUUACCGGAGACGAGGAACCAGCCUAUGCCCGACACGCUGAAGGACGUCGAUGAUAGGAGACUCAGGAGGAAGAUAAAGUCAGCGAAUUUAGGGAAAGAAAACCAAGCUUAUGAGAACACGAAUGAUAUCUGAUGCCUUUUAAAAUGUGUUAAAAAAAGAGGGUUUCGAUUUCUUCUGUUCAGCAUUUUUAUACAUUUGUUUAUAUCGGAGGAAUAGCAAAGCGUUGUAUUUUGCUGAUAAAAGAACAGAAGAGAAAAAAAGCAUCAUAGAUUUUUUUUAAAAGAUGAGUCAGAAAGUUUUCAAAAUUCUUUUGCAUUUUACCUUCAGUUAAAUUGGUAGCACUCUCGUAUUUAUUGUGUCUUAUAUGGGAAUAUAAUUGUUGGAAGGAGAGGAGAGGUAAUAAGUACAUAAUAAUUAGUCUUGCAUGUUCAUUUUUUGCAAUAUUGCAUACACUAUGGAUUGUAUCAUCAUUUUUAAAUAGAUAAUGAAAUGAAAUCUAUUAAAACAAA